UGUUAUAACUUGAAAAACAAUUCAUGAAUGCAUUGGGUUCUUCAACCCUAUCCUCAUGAAUAGUGUUGUGUAAUUUGCCUAUAAAAGCAUUGCUUCUGUAUUGUAAAUACAAGAUAGAUAUUAAUAUACGAAGCAAGUAUCAAUCUCAUAUACUACAUUUUCUCUUUAUAUUCUUCCUACCUUUUAACAGUAAUUAUUUUAUUUUUAAACAAAAAGAAUAGAACUCGAAAUUCUGGAAAAAUAAAUGAUGAAAGUAGACAAAAGUGUCACUCCGUUUUCCACUCACGAUCCAUUAACGUUUGAGUAAUCAGAAAACGAUACAUAGCUUGCCGUUGAAGCGAUCGGUAACCGUGGUCGAAGUAGGGGUUCAAAUUUUCAAAUUCAUGUCAACCCACUAAAAUUCCUCCUUUUAAUUCUUACUCUUCCCUCUUAAAUUCGUCCGAAUUACUCCUAUUUUUCAGUGUUCAGUAUAUUCAGUAUUUACCACUUCUGGAUUUCUCUUUCUUUGCUAACUCCGCCUAAAAAUUUAUGAUUUUAGUUUGAAUUUUGAGCAUUACCCAAUGGAAAAUUCCAUAAGUUUAAUCAACAUUUUAAUGGGUUUUUUUCUGCUCUUAAUUGGUGUGAAAUCGGAAUAUAUAGCUUAUAAUACAUCGGCUAAAAUAGUUUUUGGGAAAAUUAAUGUUCAUUUGGUACCUCAUACGCAUGAUGAUGUUGGGUGGUUGAAGACCGUAGACCAAUACUAUGUUGGCGCCAAUAAUUCUAUCCGGGGAGCCUGCGUGCAAAACGUGCUGGAUUCAGUGAUUUCAGCUUUGUCAGAAGAUGAAAAUCGCAAGUUUAUUUAUGUCGAAAUUGCCUUUUUCCAGAGGUGGUGGAGACAGCAGAGUCCAAAGCUGAAGGCCAAGGUCAAGGAGCUGGUCAAUUCGGGUCAAUUAGAGUUUAUAAAUGGAGGAAUGUGCAUGCAUGAUGAGGCAACAACACAUUAUAUUGAUCUCAUUGAUCAAACAACUUUGGGGCAUCAGUUUAUUAAGAAUGAAUUUGAUCAGACGCCGCGAGUUGGCUGGCAGAUUGAUCCCUUUGGACAUUCAGCUGUUCAGGCUUACUUGCUUGGUGCAGAGGUUGGAUUUGAUUCAUUGUACUUUGCCCGUAUUGAUUAUCAAGAUAGAGAAAAAAGAAAAGACGAGAAAACUCUUGAGGUGAUAUGGCGUGGUUCGAGGUCACUUGGUUCUACUUCACAGAUCUUCACUGGUAUAUUUCCCAGGCAUUAUAAUCCCCCUGAUGGAUUUCAGUUUGAAGUAAAUGAUGUGUCCCAUCCUAUUCAGGAUGACCCGCUUCUAUUUGACUAUAAUGUCCAAGAGAGAGUAGAUGACUUUGUUGCCGCUGCCAUAUCACAAGCUAAUGUAACCAGAACAAAUCAUAUCAUGUGGACCAUGGGAGAGGAUUUCCGUUAUCAGUACGCCAAUUCCUGGUUUAGACAAAUGGACAAAUUUAUCCAUUAUGUUAAUUUGGAUGGGCGUGUAAAUGCUUUUUACUCAACACCAUCAAUUUACGCAAAUGCAAAACAUGAAAUGAAUGAAACCUGGCCUGUCAAAAGUGAUGAUUUUUUCCCCUACGCAGAUCGCGCUAAUGCAUACUGGACCGGUUACUUCACAAGUAGACCAGGAUUUAAAGGUUAUGUAAGAGUUAUGAGCGGGUACUACUUGGCAGCAAGGCAACUGGAAUUCUAUAAUGGAAGGAGUGGAUCGCUCUCUAAAACAGAAACAUUAGCUCAUGCUUUGGCGAUUGCUCAACAUCAUGAUGCAGUUACUGGUACAGAAAGACAGCAUGUGGCUGACGAUUAUACUUUGCGAUUGCACUUGGGCUAUCUAGAGGCUGAGAAAGUGGUUUCUUCCUCACUCCAUUCUUUGACCAGUAAACAUGGAAGAACUGAAUCUAGCUUUCAACAGUGUCCUCUUCUAAACAUAAGCUAUUGUCCACCGUCAGAAAAACUCUUGCCAUCUGGGAAAAGUUUGAUAAUUGUUGUCUACAAUUCUCUUGGAUGGAACAGAGAGGAAGUGAUACGAAUUCCUAUUACUACUGACAAGGUUGUGGUUAAGGAUUUUAAUGGAAAGGAAGUAGAAUCUCAAAUACUGCCUUUGACGGAUGCCUUACUGAAUAUAAGAAAUGAUCAUGUGAAAGCAUACCAAGGCGUCCCUGCAGAUGCUACCAUCAAGUAUUGGCUUGCUUUUUCGGUGUCUGUUCCACCCCUUGGUUUCAGCACCUAUGUUGUAUCUGGUGCACAAGCAGGUUCAAGGUCAAUGAUGUCAGCACUCACCGUGCAUGGGAACACAAAUAGCACUGUAGAAGUUGGACAAGGAAAUUUGAAGUUACUUUUUUCUGUUGAUGGUGGUAAACUGGCUCAGUAUAUUAAUAAUAAAAACUCGGUUAAUGCUGCUGUUGAACAGUCCUAUAGCUAUUACACUGGAUUCAGCGGAACUGACGGAGAUCCGCAGGCAUCUGGGGCAUAUAUUUUCCGCCCAAAUGACACUUUUUCUAUCAAUACUAAAGGAGAGGAUUCUUUGACUGUAAUGAAAGGCCCACUAUUUGAUGAGGUUCAUCAACAACCUACUCCAUGGAUACACCAGAUUACUAGGGUAUACAAGACAAAGGAGCAUGCUGAAGUAGAGUUCACGAUUGGACCCAUACCUGUUGAUGAUGGAGUUGGGAAAGAAAUUGUCACCCAGAUCAAAACAACCAUGAAAACAAAUGGAACUUUCUACACCGAUUCUAAUGGUCGUGAUUUCAUAAAAAGGAUUCGAGAUCACAGAGCAGAUUGGGACCUCGAAGUCAGCCAACCGGUUGCGGGAAAUUAUUAUCCGAUAAACCUUGGAAUAUACGUCGAAGAUGGAAACAAGGAACUCUCGGUGCUUGUUGACCGCGCUGUUGGAGGGUCAAGUAUAACGGAAGGUCAAAUAGAAUUAAUGCUUCAUAGGAGACUGCUUCAUGAUGAUUCUCGAGGUGUUGGUGAGGUUCUAAACGAAACCGUUUGUUCUCAUGAUGACUGUAAAGGCUUAACGAUAAAAGGAAAAUACUUUAUCAGAAUCGACCCUAUUGGAGAGGGGGCAAGGUGGCGUCGAACUGCUGGUCAAGAGAUUUACUCUCCACUUAUUUUUGCUUUUGCUGAACAGGAUAGGGAUGACUGGAUGAAUUCCCAUGUGCCAACUUUUUCGGGCUUUGCAUCCUCAUAUACUCUUCCUGAAAAUGUUGCUAUAAUCACCCUUCAGGAGCUUGACAAUGGGAAAAUACUUUUGCGUUUGGCUCAUCUUUACGAGAUUGGAGAAGAUAAAGACUUAUCGGUGAUGGCACAUGUCGAACUCAAGAAACUUUUUCCGAACAAGAAGAUAAAGAAGGUGACAGAGAUGAGUCUAUCGGCUAAUCAAGAAAGAACGGAGAUGGAGAAGACGAGGUUAGCUUGGAAAACCGAGAACCCUUCUGAAGAAGAGAUAAAGGUAUCGAGGGGAGGCCCUGUGAAUCCCGCACAACUGGUGGUAGAACUUGCACCGAUGGAAAUUAGGAGCUUCUUUUUAGAUUUAGAAUACAUCAAAAUGUAUGGUGACUAAGUUUACUGAGGAAAUGUUGGAACUAGUUAUAUAUGAGUUAGUUUGAACUUGUCAUGUGAUGUUAUAUAUGAGAUCUAAAUUGGUUAUGGAGACUUUUCUUGCCCUGUUUGUAGAAAAGAUGUUCUAAAUUGUUAACAUAUUCAUCUAAUAUAUGCAACUUUUUUUUGAUUGUUU